AUGCCGUCAUUAGGAGGUUUUCUAAAGAAGAAACGGACGAGGGAGUCUCCGGGUCAAAAAGACCUAGCCUCUCCAACUUCAACUUCCAGCCAGCCCACCAGCCCGAUUACUCCGACCCCCUCUCGGGGCUUCGACAAUUCGAUAGCCUCUGUUACAACGCAAUCCACUGCCCCUGAGACCCUGAGUACAUCUCAGCCCGACGCCCCCCUCAAUCAAGCCAGUCCACCCACUGUGGGUGAACAGCAGCCAAUGACGCGAGGGCUUUCUCCUCAGCAACAGCAGGCCCUUCCUGUCCCAGCAGAUCAGCAGAACCUUCCAAGUAUCAGCAACCUCAUUAAUCCCCCCCAAAAUGACGGUGCCAGUAACUCGAAAAACGAGCAUUCGAACCCCGCAUCCGGCGAGAACACAACCUAUACUGGGAAUGACAGUUCACUCACAAGGGCCGCACCAGCUGUGCAAGCGCCACAAAUCAGGCAGACCAAGGGCAAAUAUUCAUUGGGGGAUUUCGAAAUACUUCGGACAUUGGGCACCGGUAGCUUUGGGCGGGUGCAUCUGGUCCAAUCGAAGCAUAAUCAACGAUUCUAUGCCGUCAAAGUGUUGAAAAAGCAGCAAGUGGUGAAGAUGAAGCAGGUGGAACAUACGAAUGAUGAGAGAAGAAUGCUCCAGGAAGUCAAGCAUCCUUUCCUCGUUACUCUCUGGGGGACGUUCCAAGACUCCAAGAACUUAUAUCUUGUGAUGGACUUCGUAGAAGGAGGGGAGUUAUUCUCUCUGUUGAGAAAAUCUCAGCGAUUUCCCAACCCUGUAGCAAAGUUCUACGCUGCCGAGGUGACCUUAGCACUCGAGUAUCUCCACAAAAAUCAGAUCAUCUAUCGAGAUCUGAAGCCUGAAAAUCUGCUUCUCGAUCGGCAUGGGCAUCUGAAAAUCACGGACUUUGGGUUCGCCAAGAAGGUUCCAGAUAUUACAUGGACUCUAUGCGGAACGCCAGAUUACCUGGCGCCAGAGGUUGUGUCCAGCAAGGGGUACAACAAGUCUGUUGACUGGUGGUCCCUCGGCAUAUUAAUCUUUGAAAUGCUUUGCGGGUUCACUCCCUUCUGGGACGGUGGGUCACCGAUGAAAAUCUAUGAGAACAUUCUGAAGGGCCGAGUAAAGUAUCCACCGUAUAUUCACCCUGAUGCCCAAGACUUGCUGCAACGCCUGAUCACGGCCGACCUGACGAAGCGGCUUGGAAAUUUGCAUGGUGGCUCAGAAGACGUCAAAAAUCACCAGUGGUUUGCAGAAGUCACGUGGGAAAGGCUGGCCAAAAAGGACAUCGAUGCUCCAUAUGUGCCUCCUGUCAAGGCUGGCGUUGGUGACGCCAGUCAAUUCGACAAGUAUCCCGAGGAAACAGAUCAUUACGGGCAAACGGGUCACGAUGAAUAUAAGAACCUCUUCACGGAUUUCUAA